AAACCUCACCAUUCACUUAAACUUCAAAUCAAGAAAAUGGCCUCUUUAUUCUCUUCAGUUCUCUUGUCUCUUUGUUUACUCUCUUCACCUUUUCUCUCAAACGCAAACGCCAAAUCAAAACUAGGCUUCACCGCCGAUCUGAUCCACCGCGAUUCUCCUAAAUCGCCAUUCUAUAACCCGACGGAAACCUCUUCCCAGCGUUUGAGAAACGCUAUCCACCGAUCCGUUAGCCGUGUUUUCCAUUUCACUGAUAUCUCUCAAAAGGAUGCAUCGGAUAGCGAACCGCAAAUUGACCUCACCUCAAAUAGUGGUGAAUAUCUCAUGAACAUAUCCCUUGGGACACCUCCUUUCCCGAUCAUGGCGAUCGCUGACACCGGAAGUGAUCUCCUCUGGACGCAGUGUAAACCCUGUGAUGAUUGUUACCCUCAAGUUGAUCCUCUCUUUGACCCUAAAGCGUCUUCCACAUACAAAGACGUUUCUUGCUCCUCAAGCCAAUGUAAUGCCCUAGAAAAUCAAGCCUCUUGUUCCACAGAAGACAACACUUGCUCUUACUCAACGUCUUACGGAGAUCGCUCAUACACAAAGGGUAACAUCGCCGUGGAUACCUUAACGCUCGGCUCCACCGAUACCCGCCCGGAAGUCCAAUACCCUGGCUCAGAUUCUGGAACUGGCGAGGGAAACAUAAUCAUUGAUUCGGGCACAACCCUAACGUUGUUACCCACCGAAUUUUACUCCGAGCUCGAGGAUGCGGUUGCUUCCUCAAUCGAUGCUGAGAAGAAACAAGAUCCACAAACCGGUUUGAGUCUGUGUUAUAGUGCAACCGGUGAUCUUAAAGUUCCAGCCAUUACUAUGCAUUUCGAUGGAGCAGAUGUGAUGCUGAAACCCUCCAAUUGCUUUGUACAAGUCUCAGAGGAUUUGGUUUGCUUUGCCUUCCGCGGGAGCCCGAGUUUCUCCAUAUACGGGAAUGUGGCGCAGAUGAACUUUCUUGUUGGAUACGAUACUGUUUCCAAAACGGUGUCAUUUAAGCCAACAGAUUGUGCAAAGAUGUAGAUGGUUGAACAUUGUUUCUGUUUUUCACAAUUAUGUUUUCAAUUAUAAUAAUGGCUGAUUUAAUUU